ACUUAUUUGCAUGUGUAGGUAGGCAAUGUUGUAACAAAUUUCGAGAUCAAAGAAUAUAUUAUAGUUUGGUUAAGAUGAUAUUUCAGUUCUCGAAGCGCAUUCUGUUAAUCAAUUGAACAGGUAGCAUAAGUUGAAGACAUAGCAUAGCAUCAGAAAGCAAUCUUAUCUGAUAAAUUGAAAUUGGAGUUACUUUAUGCUUUAGGUAGAAAUAGGAAUUUCUACUUUAAAAAAAUUCUGCACGCUCACAUUAUGGACACGGUACGGAUACAUCUGAUAGAGAGUAUCAUCAUUUGUGUUUUCCUGUUGUUGAUUGUUUCAACAUAUAUGUUAAACGUAACAUCGUCAUAUUCAGCCAAUCUCUACGGUACGGGACAUCGUAUGCUAGAUUUUGAUAUAAAGGCUGUAUCUCCAUCGAAAAUAAAUGUAGACGAGAUGUUAGCAACAAGUAGAAACGAAACAUUGAGAAAACGUUGUGGAUCCCGGUUUUAUAAUGGAACAAUCAACUCCAACACAUGGGAUAGGUUCCCUCCACGUAUUAAACCAAGACUCCAUUUCUCGGAUGAACAUAAACUCAUAGCCUGUACAAUUCCAAAGAGUGGAAGUACAAGUUGGAUUAAAGCAUUACUAAUGGCGGAUGGUAUCGUAAAUGUAUCAACGCCAAAUGAAAUCGAACAGGAAGAUGCUUACAAAUUAGGCAUGAAGCAUAGGUAUUUAUGGUUACACUUCAACCAUACCUCGAAACAUGGAAAAGCAGAAAUAAACAGGCGAUUGAAUGAUUACUAUCGAAUUAUCAUUGUUCGGGAACCACUUGAACGUGUCGUUUCAGCAUAUCUUGAUAAGGUAGUUCACGGCAAGAAUAUAUAUGCUAAACUAGCUCAUUCACUGCACAAAGGAACUGAUGGUAUCACAACGUUUGAAGAAUUUGUUGAUUCGAUUAUAAGCAGACCCUCAUUUACAUACGAUAUUCACUGGAAUUUAUAUGAAAGCAUAUGCGAUCCAUGUCGGUUGCAAUAUCACUACAUUGUGAAAUUGGAGACGAUGUCACAAGACGUCAAGUAUGUGUCAAAAAUGACAGGAAUUGACAGUCAUCUUUUAAUUUCAGAGAAAACAACUGAAAGAGUAUCGUCUCUGGAACACAAAUGGAAAAUAAAAUAUCGGAAGUACUUGGAAGACCUUCCGAUCGAAAAAGUAAAAAAACUGUACAAGAUAUAUUCUAAAGAUUAUGAAUUAUUUGGUUAUCCUGUUCCGUCGUAUAUAUUACCUCCUAAAAACAAUUCGAAGUCGGUCAGAGGUGGACGAUUGUAGUAAUGUAUUGCAACAAGGUAAUUAUCUCAAUGAUUCCGACUGUGAUCCAGAACAAGUUGCGGAAAUACCAGCUAAAGUGUUGCUGCAUUUCUGCCAUGUUGUACAGAACAAAUAAGGGUUCUCAUACUCAAUGGUCAUUACACUGACUGCACGAAAAUGCCGUCAACAAUGAGUUGUACCCUUGAAGCGUAAUGAAUACAGGCAGUGCUAUAAGAAAGAGAAAGGAAGCAAUUAUCAGCGCACCACGUCUGUCAAUCCCUGCAAUCGGUGCUGCGAUAUCAAACUGAUCAUUUAAGAACAGGGGUCGGCAACCUACGACCCGCGGAGUAAUAUAAUCCGACCCGCGAAAAUAUUCAAAUGGAAUUUUUCGAGAUGCAAUGCAUUGAGGAAACAAAAUCCAUGAUUUAUUCACUGCUUAAUUUUUAUUAUAAAAAGUAUCAUCCGUUCGGUUUUCAACUUUUAGAAAUAUGUGCGGCCGCCAAUGCCUUGCAACCCUUAAUUUUGGCCCGCGAGCGACAAAAGGUUACCGACCCCUGUUAAGGACUCACAGUACGAGUUAUUGAUGUUAUUUAUGAAGAAUUCAAAGACUUCAGUCUUUUCCUAAAGUUCUAAACUAAUCAGGGCAUAAAAUAGAUCUCUGAACUGUGUGGCGCCAAUAUAAUUCUAGGCCAGAGCGCAGAGCACUAUAUUAUAAUGUCCCCGUCCAGUAAAAAUGAAAACUAUUUAUAACAACUUCAAAUUUUAUUAACAAGAUGUGCGUCUGAAUAUUCAUUUCAUCCCACAAUAAUAAAAUAUAUACUUUGGCUUUGGAAAGACUUUUUUCUCAUUAUUAAAGUUAGUAUGAACUUGAACGGUCUUAUUGAUGUGUAUUUAUAAUAAGGUCGACGUUUUUGAUUUUUUUGUGAAGUUUUAGAAUGGUUGUUUCUAUAUUUUAACUUUUCUCACUGUAUAUAUACAUAUUCGCAACUAUCGUGACAAUUUUAAACAAAUAAUAAAAUCACAAAUAACUGAUAGAAAGCGGGAGGCUGAACUGUGUGAAAAAAAGAUGAAUAUACCUUGGUCAUCUAAAAACUAAAUCUUAUAUUUGAGACAGAAGCGUAGUACAAAUUCACAACGUCCGAGUGAAGUUCUGGCCCAAAAGGUCUAUACGACUACAGUUAAAUACUAAAAAGGCAUGAUCUUUUAUAUUCAAAUAAUUCGCAAUAGUGCGAUAUUUACUUUUCUUAUAGAAAAGAAACAGCUUUCUUAAAGAAACAGCUCUGUAAGUAAAAUAUGUCGGUAAACCUUGAGUAAAGCAUCACGCCUGAAUAUCGAGCCGAGUAGCAAUGGAAAUUUCAAGCAUUACGUCCUUAAUCAAGUCGAAUCAUUGUUGCUUAAUGCAAAAAGUCGAGAAUGGCUUGAACUCGCCGACAAAAAUAUCUCAAUGAAAACCACGCUAUUACCCACCAAUAGACCGUGAUUAGCUGUUGACAUCAGAAACUUGCUUUCGGUCGGAGAAACACCUGAGACAACAAGAUCCAAUCGUUUCUCCUGCGUUUAUAUAAUUAAUUAGAAUUCCAUGUAAUCAUUAAAUAAUUCUGUUUGAUUACAAUUUAAGAUAUCGUAAAAAGAACCACAACGCGCAUAUAGAUAAGCCUUUUUUUUCACAACGCUAGUUUAAUUAUGUUUCCCUCACAUUAUUACAUGUAACACUCUGAUCAACUCGCUCAUGCGUGUAACCUUUUUUCCCGUCGCGCUCUUCGAGCGCGGUAUGCUCUUUCUAAUCAUUCCUUGUUAAAAUGUCUUAAGAGUUGUUGUUUACAUUUAAUAUUGUUUGUCACUAAGGA